UGCGGCGCGGCUCUCGACUUCGGCCGACUCGGCUCUCGUCUCGGCUCCUCAAUCCCGUGCACACACUCGGUCGCGUACGUGAUCGCUCGCGCGCGACGUGAACCCCGACGUGGACGUUUGACAUCACGGCUGAGAAAGCGUGGCACCGCCAACCACCGUCCUGCGAGAGGAGAGAAAGACCACUCCGUCGUUGACUGUACACACGUCGUAUCGCGCGAGGACGCCGAGUCGUUCGCCGUCGUUCUCCGAAAAAAAAAACGGACACCCGUCGUCGUCACGUCAUCCGUCCGAAUUGUGCAAAUCGCGGUGACAUGCACGCACGUUCAACCGUGCGUCGCUGCUCGUAGGUGCUCCUCCCCUACCCCCCCGUGUUCAGUUCCUACGAUGUGUACCACGUAUCCGCGCGACUCACCCGGGAGAUUCAGCUGCAGAAGAGCGUUCGGUGCCGGGACAAGGUUGGCGGAUCUAUAUGGGGCAAUGCGUGUCUCGUAAGGCGGGCGCCGUCGUCGCAGCAUCCGGUCAUCACAACUCGCCCUCGUACCGUAUCAUGGACAAGGCCCAGAAACAGGGCUCUUCGAAGCGCGGCACGUCGCAAACGCGCGGCACCGCGAUGUCCUUCGGCUUCCGGCGACGGCCCACCAGUGGGAUUCCGAUGCCGAUAACGAACUACGCCGGCACCACCAGCGAGAAGAGCCUGCUGCAUCCGCGAUCGAAGUCGGCCGGCCCGGAGCAGGAUCGCCGGCGGAUGAUGGACGACGAUAACAGCAACGUGAUCCACAACUCGUCGUCCGGCCGGUCGACGCCGCGGCUGGCGCCGCCGAAGAAGGACUCGAGCGGGAUCGGCGUCAGGACGAAUCGCUUCGGCUACCGGCAGCCGCAGGCGAGAUUCACGAACAAGGUCGGCGACAUCUGCAACAGCCACAACAUCAGCCACUACAAUCAGGAGAAGCUGCAGCAAUAUCCGCAGCAUCAGCAGCAGCAACCGGACAACUACUUCAAGCAGCAACAACCGAACCGGGUCGUUGCGCAUGUGCCGCAGCACUUGUGCGGCACCACGACGCCGGCGAAGUCUCGCCCGUUGCAAUCGAGUAAUGCGGCUUACGGCGGCAAUCCGAUGGCGCAGCACGCGGACGCGAACAGACGAGCCUCGGGCAUUCCGGAGCCCGUCAGCAGGUACACGCUGCACACCAGUCAUCUGCCGCUACCGCAAUACGCCGUGCGGAUGAACGACUCGAACUCCAAGGUCGCCAAGACCGUGGCGAAUCAGAGCAGAAAGAUAUCGACGUCGACGUCGAAGGGCUCGUCCAGCUCGAAGGAGGGCUCGGUGACCGAGGAUUCGGGUGUCAGCAGCCAGCCGACCGGUCCGGAGGACAAUGACAGGUUCAGAACGAUGGAUUACAUGGACGACGGCUCCCUGAGGAGACGCGGAAUCGGCGUGUGCCGACCGAGAAACCUGCGCAUGGUGGUGUCCGGCAAGAGCUUCGACGUGAGAGACGUCCGCGACGACGACAGCACGGUCACGGAGAUCUCGGUGAUCCCGCUGCCCAAAUCUUUCGCGACCACCGCGGCCAGUCUGAAUACCGGCUUCGUGCGUGAGCGGGCCACGCAGUACCAGCGAAUCGUCAACAAGGACAACAGGUACACCGACUCGACCGCGUCCAUGUCCACCACGUCCUCAGAGGGCUACGACGAGGGUUGUCUGAGCGAGGAGAAGGUCUACAAGGAUCGAUCGCGCACCGAGAAGGUCCCGUCCAUGAAAUCGGACUUCAGCCCGCCCAGCUCAGACGAUCCCGAGUACGGCCACGGCGAGGCCAUGGCGGACGAGUACUCGUUGAGCUCCAGCGACGAGUAUCAGCGUACCAAUUCCAUCAUCGCUCAGCACGCGCAAGCGGUCACCGCCGCCACGAAGGGCGGCACGGCAUCGAAGAACGCUCUGCGCUCGGUGUUGCUCACCAUCGAAGAUCCGGCAUUCGCCGCCGCCGCCGCCACCACAACCACUUUGAUCGACGACGAGACUUCACCGGUCGACAGCCUGUUUGACAGCCCGACUGCCAGCAUCACCCAGUCGGACGGAAAGCCGUCGAAGAGGGACGAGGAGCACGCGCACGAACGUUCGGACAACACUCUCGAGGACGACGGUCCGGGCACGCCGACGAACGCCUCCAACUCGCUCAGCUUGUCCGAGGGUAGAGAGUUCUUCGACGACGAGAUCGCGGACCAGCCCGGAUUGAUUUUCAGCGACAGCAACCAGAGGGCGAGAGUCGAAACGCCGUCCGCUAUAGGGAGUCAAGAGAAUAGCCACACUGUGGUCGAGAUAAGCUCUAAGAUGAAUGCUGCGCAUAACAAACGCGUAACGAACAGUCCUCAUCAUGGGCAGCGUUUACGUCGAACAGCAAGCCUGGACACUCUAUCGCCCUGCGAAUCCAUCGCGUCGGAUGAUUUAAUGUUAGAUUACGACGGCAGCGACGCGAGCUCCUACGAGGAACAGCAGCGAUUAAAUUCCAAUCCCGCGUUGCACGAGCUGGAUGACGCAACUAUAAUCUCCGAGCUGGAGGCUCAGGGCGAGGAGGUGAUGAGGCAGUGGAGUUCGUUAUUGACCACCGCGCACAUGGAGGAGGCGAAUUCCAAUUCCGCCAACAACAAUUCCAUCAACAGCACGACCGGCAACAAUAACAAUCAGGCCGCCACCGAAUCCGGAAUCGGAAGUGACAGGAUGUCAAGGCUGUUACGCAGCAGAUCGGGAACGGAAUCGCCGCGUUCGUUAGACAACAUGCGCAACCGUCAAGUUUCUAGUCCUAUGAGAACGUCGGGAAGCGUGUCAUCCUCGUGCGUCGAUUCCGGUGACGAGGCCAGCCUCAGGAUAGACCGCGGCACGUACCAGUACAUGUUCCAGGACAUCGUCUCCAUAAAGACGAUGCUCUUGAAGCUCAAGCGGGUCCUUCAGGAGUCAGGAGAGAACGAUUUGACGAGGACAGAAACUCUCAACCCAUUCGAUAAUCCGAAGAAUGGUCUCUUCUGUAACCUGAACGAGGGUGGAAGUAGCACGACAGACGUGAGCACAUCACCGGGUAGUGGCGGUAGUAGUAUCGCGGACGAACUGGCGGAUAUGAGGCGGCAGGUGGUGUUCCUGCAGGGCCAGGUGGAGGACCGGGAUCGUACGAUACAAGUGCGGGAUCGUACCAUCGAGCUACUUGAGGUAAAUAACGAGGUCCAGGUGUCGAAGCUCCAGGGACCUAAGAACGGCGACGCUCAGAGCUGUGCUUUGCCGACGCGCAACAACAACGUCUCCUCCGGGGACACGUGUAACGCCACCACGCAAACGGAGAAGACACGUCCAGUGUCGGCGGGACCCUCGCUCCUACAGUCACUCCCGCAGGAUGGUGUCAUGGGGCCUCUCGUUAGUUGGAGUGACUCGUCGGACCGUCAGCGACCAUCACUGCUCUCCGAGCUUAACUCCGCCGGCAGCCACCGCAAGCCAAUCGAACGUUUACCUCAUACGCUAAGACUCCGUCAGGAACACACCCCGACGCGUCGCGUUAGCGCGCACGCGAGGAGACACUCGUCCGAAUGCGUGUCUGGCUCGGCCGUCAGGCCGAAGGACUGCGCGAAGUCGCCGUGCGACAUGAACGAUGCGGAGCAACGUGACACCAAGAUUGAAGGAAACACGGUCAAGUCCCUCAUUCCGACACCUAGGAAACUGCGGCUUUAACGACACGCCGAUUUAUAUUAAUUCUUCUUUGCAUCUAGCAACGUUUCGUUUCGCUCGGGACGUCCGCAUCGUCGAAGUACGUAGAAAACUCUUGUAAGACAGACUGAUCACCUCACGGGCAAAUCAUUCAAUUAACGUGAAACUUUUAUGAUUUUUCAUUCAGUAAACCUAAAUAUCUAAAUCGAGAACGAGUCCACAGACCGUUCUAGAUAAUAAUUAACUUAUAAGUUGCAAUAGAACGAUCGCUGGAUCGUACAUCUACCGGAAAGAAUUUAAUCUGUGUAACUAUUCGAAUUGGGUUUUUCACCAGAAAAUGUGUUCGACCGAUUCGGACGUCCAAGACAUCGUAAAACAAUCUUUCGUUCUAUCUCGUACUCAUUAACUCACUGCGCGGCAUCACGUUCACGUUCCACAUACAUUACGUGGUAUAAACGGUGUCGUCUUUAUGCGCUCGUCUGAUACAAUUCGCCGUUGUAUUUAUGUAACGCGGUCGCACGAAACCAUCUAUUCCCGAGCGAAUAUAUUUCGGACGGCGUGUAUAAUUCGCACCUGCGCGCGUCAUGAGUACGGGGGUGUGCACUUACGUUAAUGUCAACGUUAAUGAUAAAUUUCAUUUCCCCACUUAAACGUGAUCUCAAGUGCAAAAUUAGGGAUUAACGAAUUAUCUGCUUGUGAUUAAAUCGCGAUCGCGACUUUAUCUGCAUAUCUCUCGGGCGAUUGGUUUGGGACCUGCGCUUCGUACAUGCGUGGCAUCUUCCUCCAGCACGAUCAUAUCUUGGAAACGGAAGUCCUAUAUGUACGUUUUUUAGUUCGAAUGAAAAAAAAAUCUUAAUUGCAAAUAUUUAUCAAGUGCAAGUAAACUUUUGUAAUAUAUAUAUAAUUUAUUGUAAAUAUGAACGCAAGAAAUUAAUUUUAAGCGUAAUGUACAAUUGCAAGAAAAUUGAUCUAAUCUUACGAGAAGAAGUGCUGAAAUUCAGAAUCCUUCGUUUCCUUUGGACGCAAACGUACGUAACGUCUCAGAACUUAUAAUCCCUAUGUACAUAUUGAAAUCUGUUUUCUCGAGUAAGAGAGGUUUUCUAAAUACACAUUAUUUAUAAACUAUGCAUUUAUCAGCAAAUUUUCUCUUUUUUUAAUCGCUGUGACCCGACGAAAAUUAGACGCAGCCGAUCAUUGUCGAUAAUAUCACAAAAAACGUUUCGUGUUGUGAUUCAUUUAUCAUCGUCGUUCAAAGAGUACCGCAAGUACGUUUCGUAUAAUUUUGAGAGAGUCGCACGAAUGUAGCUUCAGUUCGUGGAUACGCCUCGCGACAAGUAGGCACGGAUUACGAUUAUAAUUAAGUGAAGCCAGGGUAUUAUGUAAAUUCCACUCGUCGUUUUUAAUUUAUUGUGUGCUUGGUAACGUGCUUGGUGCUAGUAAGUUCGUAUUCGGUAUUAUAUAAGUCCUAAUGUAUGAUAUUUAGACUCUCCUGUCUUUCGCGCAAUCACACUGACAGCACGAGUUAAAUCCAAAUCUCCUAAUGUCAAAAAGCCUUUAACUCUUGAGAUUCGAGCUUUUAAUUGUUAGUUUGAGUUAUUCCUCUGAAUUAUAAUAUCUCUCAGAUUAUAUAUUUUUAUCGAAUAAUCUUGAUAAAUUUUUGAGAGAAUUUGAAUGAGAGAUUUCAAUAUAUGUUUAAUGAGUUUAAUCCUUUAUUUAAUUCUAUAUAUAAAUGACAAUAAUUAUUAUUGCACAAGCGCAAUUUCUUAAAAAAGCGUUUUCGCAUCUGCAUUGUAUAAUAUUCCGCAGUAUUAUAGCAAAACAUAUCACGUUAAACUGAAUAACGUCUGGAAAAUGACGAAUGUCAGGAGAAACUGGAUAUCAUAUGAUUAUUGUAUAUUUAUUUGUCCAUAUUUUUAAUUUAUACGCCUAUUAUUCGCGAAAAUAAAGAAUGGAGGGAAAAUGAGAGAGUGAGAGUGAAGACGAGAAAGAAAUAUAUAUAUAAAUAUAUGAAAUCUCAUUAAUUUUUUAAGAAAUAUAUAUAUAUAUAAUAAAACAAAAUGUGGAUAUUAAGGAGAUCUUAGCUUUUCCGCAGGAUUAUCUUCGCAAGAUACAGUCGAGUAUUUAUAGAAAUGUACCGAGUAGUUCAAAUCCUUACUAUAUUAAUAACGAAUACAAAUUAAUAGAUCUGAUAUGGGAUAAGUUAAAUGGCAAUUUUAUUGGUAUUAUCGAUCGAGCAAUCGACAUUUCAUGUUAAUCGCCCGCCAACGGCUGUUACAUCUCCGGUGAGGCGAGCCUGCGAUUAAAUGCGAGCGAUUUCGAAAGCUUUCAACUCUGUUCGACAUCGUAUAAAAAAGUUAUGGCAAAUAAAAGGCAUAUAUAAUACAGU